UCACCUCUAAUUUUCAACAGAAAAGGCAAAAAAAUAAGGUAGUGAAGUAUUUUCGUUAAAUUUGCGGCGCGUUUUAAUUAAAUCCAAUUAAAGAAAGCGGUGCAAGACAAACAAACAAAAUCGCACGCCAUCAAAUAAGGCGAGUAAAAAGCAAAGAUGUGGAACCAAUGGUCUGGCAUGCCAGGGGUGCCGGCAGCGCCGCCGCCUCAGCCUUCUGUGCCCCCACCACUGCCCGACGCACCACCGCCGCCGCCUCCAUCCGAGUCAGCGCCGCCGCCAGUCGCUGUUAGUGCUCCGGCUGGCAGCGCAGUCGGUGCUGUUGCUCCCUCUGCCUCCGCAUACAUGACCGCAACACCAUCAGCUAUGCCCACCAUGACUAAUCCCUAUGAGCAAUACACAGCGGCUCAAUAUGCAGCUAUGACUCCAGAGCAACAGUAUGCAAUGCAACAACACUGGCAUCAGUGGCAAACGUAUCAGCAGGAAUACGCUAAAUGGCACGCUCAAUAUGGCGAACAAUAUAAGCGUGAAAUGGCAGCCGCUGCAGCUGCAACUGGUACACCACCCGUAACAACUGCGGUCGCACCGACUGUAGCUGCAUAUCCGCAGCCUCAACCACAGCCAGCAAUCCAACCUAUGCAGCCAGCGCCAACUCAGUCACAGCCCUUUUUUGCGCCAACUAUUCCAAUACAGCAACCGUCUGCCAAAAUAAUGGCUCAACCACAAAUGUAUAAUCAGCCGCCACCACCGCCGCCUGUUCAACAGCAGCAACCACCUCCAUACCAGCAACAGCCUGGUGGUCCAUGGACUCAGCAGCCACCUUCAGGUGGCAGAUAUAAUCAAACUAUAGGCAAUUUCAGUCAACCGCCUCCAAUGGGAAACAGCACCAACGAAUCGGUUCAUCCGCCGUUUCCGAAUUUGCAACAACCACCACCAUUUAUGGGCACCAAAAUGUCUGCUCCACCACAGCAGAUGCCAUCAAAUCAAACAAAGCCAUGGGCCCAGCCUCCGCCUGAUAACAAAUCCUUUAAUAAGGGUGGAAAUAAAAGUUUCAAUGAUCAGCAUUCACGUUGGGAAGGACCUGUGGAUGAUAAUUCCACAAAUUCUGGUGGUAAUCAGCUGAACACUAACAGCAAUAACAACAAUCAACGUCCCCGUUGGCAAACAAAUGAUCCAGAUACGAAUAUGGGUGUUGGACCGAAUCAGCAAGGCAAUAACAACAGAGGAGGCAACAAGCAAGGCAAUCGACAGAGUUGGGGAGGACGGAGCAAUAAUGCGCCAGGAAAUACUGGUGGCAAUGACGGCCCCAACAACAAUGAUCCCAAAAAUCCUUUUAGCCGUUUUGAAAACGACGGCUCUCGUGAUUUUGAUAGUUCCAGUAGCUACGGAAAGUCUGGUAAUUUUGGUAGCCCUGGAGACCGAUCGGGAUCGAAUAGUUUUGGAAACAGUAGAGGAGGUAAUUCUGGCAACUUUGGCGGACCUGGCGGUGGUAAUUCUGACAAUUUUGGUGGCCCAGUCGGGGUAAAUUCUGGAAACUUUGGCGGACCCGGCGCAGGAACUCCAUCUAACUUUGGAAGCUCUGGUGGUAAUUCUGGAAAUUUUAGAGGGCCUGGCGGUGGUAAUACUGGAAAUUUUGGCGGUCCCGGUGGAGAUAAUUCUGGAAACUUUGGCAGUAGUGGACCACGUAAUUCUGGUGGCUUUGGCAAUGAUGGCCCUGGUAAUUUCGGAAGAAGUGGUGCUCCGCGAAAUUCUAGUAAUUUCGGCAACAACAGCUGUAGCGGCCCUGGAAACUUUGGUAAUAAUGAACUCGGUCCAAAUAACUUUAUCAACAAUGGCACACCCGGUAAUUCUGGCAAUUUUGGCAACAAUAAUUCAAAUAACUUUGGUCCUGGUGGCUUCGGAAAUAAUCGUCGUAGUGGUGGAGGUCGCUGGGAGAACAGGCCAAAUCAAAAUUUUGGGCCUAACAACAGUGAAGGAGACAGUGGGGGCUUUAAUCGUGGUGGUCAAAAUCAACGCAAUUUCGGUCAGCAGCAACAGCAGUCGCAGCAACGUGGUCCAGAUCUGGAUGAGGAGAGCUUUGAUCGCCUCUUUGAUCAGUGGGAAAAACAAUUUGAGGAUUGGAAACGCGCCAAUGCCAAUCAUCCGGACCGCGAUGAAUAUCGACGGUACGAGGAGGAGUUCGAGAAACAGCGGCGACGCAUUGCCGAACGCCGUGAGCAGAUGCGUCGACGUCGUCAAAUGCAGAACCCUCAGCAACAGUCGAUUUCUACUAACAGUAACGAUUUUACACCCAAUGAUGGCAAAUUUGGGCAACAGAUGUCAGAUCAAGAAGAACUGUCGGAGCAGCAGCAACGUAAUCCAACAGAUGUUAUUAUUGGUCCACAAUUGCCAGGAUCAGCGAUUGAAGUUGACGAAUCAAAUCCACUUAAUAAUACUAAGACACAUCAAAGACAAGACCACUCCCAACCAAAUCCACCGCAGAAACAUUCGCAACAAGACGACAACCAGAAUGCGAUGCCUACCAGAAUACAGUUGCAGAAUUUUAAUAAGACCUCUCAAAUGCCAGUUACUGAACCACUAGCACCACAAAAACAAGAGCAACAAAUCAAUCUAUUGCCACACCAGCAACAAUCUGGACAGUCCGCUUCUGCCACAAUUCCAUCAUCUUCAGCAUCUCCGAAAAAGGAUCACGAUGUUAAAUCACAGCCGCAGCGUACAACGCCAAUUAAUCGACGGGAGCAACAACAAAAGCAGCAGGGGAAGGAAGAAGUUAAAGAGUCUACCAAGGCAGGGGAGAUAGGAUUGGGCAAACGGAAGAGCGAUGGACCCAAUACCACAACGGCACCAGCAAAACAAAACAAACAGGAUAAUAUUUUAAUAAUUUCUCUUGAUGAUGAUGACGACGACGAGGUGGUAGCAGCAGCUACGGACUGUACUGAUACGCCCAUGAAAAAUAUAUUUAAAAAAAGCGAUGGCAUACCAGGAUUGGAUUUGGUCGGAGUUGGUGGCAAGGAAGGUGAUUCGAACAAACAAACAAAGGACACCGACCUCUCUCCAGCAAAGAGUAAUAGCGAACAGAAAAAGAUUCCUUCAUUGUUCGAUGUGGUUAUUUCCAAACCAGAUAGCUCACCCAGCAAUGCCUCGAAAGAGAAAUCGAAACCGCCACUCGACCCCAAGGAGUUGCAUGAGCAGCUAAAAUCGUCAAACAUCAGUUCAUUGCCAGAAACUGUAACAAAUGCACUGCAAGAUCCAGAGUUUAUGAGCAAGAUGACGCAGGUGUUGGCCAAGGCACAAGGUCGCGACAUCCCAGAACCUGAAAAACCGUCAGAAAACCAGGGAAAUGACGGGCGUCCGAUGUCUUUUGCCGAAUGGCAGCGUAUGAAAAAAAUGGACGGUUUCAAUCCUGACUCCAGUUGUCCAGGAGGUCCCAGCAACGGGUCUGGAAUGGGUUCAGGUAUGGGACUAGGAGGUCCUAGUGGCAAUCUUGGAAUGGGACCUAGAGGUCCAGGAAUGGGACCAGGCGGUCCCAGUUGUGGUCCAGGAAUGGGACCUGGAGGUCCAGGAAUGGGACCCGGAGGUCCAGGAAUGGGACCUGGAGGUCCAGGAAUGGGACCAGGAGGUCCCCGCGGUGGUCCAGUAAUAGGCCCUAGAGCUCCUGGUGGCGGUCCAAGCAUGGGACUAGGAGGUCCUGGCAGUGGACCAGGAAUGGGACCAGGAGGUCCUGGAGGUGGUCCAGGAAUGGGACCCACUAAUGGGCCGCCUGGAUUUAAUCCAGCUGGUGCCAAUUUCGGUCCCGGAUUUAAUGGACCUCCCGGGUUUAAUCCACAUGGUCAACAUUUUGGAAAUGCUGGCCCUGAUCGUUUCGGGCCGAACGGUCCUCAAUUUGGACCUGGACCUGGGCCAAAUGCUGGUCCGAAUUUCAUGGAUUUUGAUCCAAAUAAUCAAAGCCUUGGACCAAACGGACCCAACUUUAAUGACCGGCGAAAUAGUUUCGGUCCCAAUUUCCGUGGCAAUGGGCCGCCCGGUCCUGGACAGUUCGGCCCCAACUUUCCGGGCCCUAAUGGAUCUGGACAAGGUUCCAAUUUUGGUUUCGGUGGACCCGGACCUAAUUUUGGACGCAAUUUUGGGGGGCCCAACAAUUCGAAUUUCCCCGGUCCAAAUAAUAACUCUUUUGGAGACAACAACCCAUUCAGACGCAAUGCCGGCCCCCCUGCGCCCAUGUUUGAUGAUGAUGCACGCGGAGGAGGUGGUAAUGGUCCAAGUCCGAACAUGGGUUCCGGCUCACGCGCCAACAAUCAGAAGAAUUUUGGACCACCUCGGAAUAGCUUUGGCAAUGGCAACAAAAUAUGGUCAGAUGGUGCCGAUAACGCCAAUGUCAUCCCCAAUGGGCCAGAGGACAGCAUCUACCGUCCCAUGCAAGUGUUCGACUAUCAAAAUAGUAACACGGCCCCCCAGGUGUUUGAAUAUGGACAUAAGUCUGCCGACAGUGGAGAUUUUAGACCUGUGAAGACCUUUGAUUACGGGCAUGCAUCGCGUAAUAUGCCAGUUGGAGGAGGGCUCGGAGGCGGGGGCGCAGCAGCAGCGUCAGCAGCAGGAGGAGAUAGAGGACAUGCAGGACCAGGUAUAAUGAAUCGAAAUCCCAAUAAAAAGAGAAACAAAAAGAGAAAUAAGAAGAACCAGCAAAGGAUGCAGCAACAGCAACCGAAUCCACAACAACAACAAAAUUCACAAGAUCAAGCCCAACGGCAGCAGAAUUCACAAGACCCAGAUCAUCAGCAACAUAAUCUACAAGAUCAGCAGUCAGAAACCACCAGCGAGUCCAAUGCAAGAGCACCUUCAAUUGAAGACGAGCUGGAGGAUAUAUCCGAUGGUGAAGACAAUUUGGUGGACAAUGGCUUGCAGCAGGACACUCCGCCGCCACCACCAUCUGUCAGCUGGCAGAAACCAAACCAACAGCAGCAAACCAAAGCAUUCCCAGCAAAUCCGCAACGUCGUAUACUUACCCAACCGUCCACCUCCACACCCACUGCGAUCUUCCCUUCGACGGCUGCGGCCAAUACACAAAUACCCAGCAACCAGAAUGCUUGCCAUUUGGAAAUGUCAAUACCCACAAAUGAGAAUCGUAACACCAUCUCAAUAGAUGAGGUCCUAUUGAAACCCGGCCGUAUGUCCCGACCCAAACGCAUCUGCGUCAUUUUGCGGGGUCCACCCGGGAGUGGUAAAUCCCAUGUGGCAAAGCUGAUCAAGGAGAAGGAGCUGGAAAUGGGUGGUCCUAAUCCGCGUAUUUUAAGUAUUGACGAUUACUUCAUUAUUGAAAAUGAUUACGAGGAAAAGUGUCCGAAGACUGGCAAAAAGAUACCCAAAAAGGAAAUACUUUAUGAAUAUGAUGACACAAUGGAGGAGACUUAUAUGCAGUAUCUGAUCAAAUCGUUUAAGAAAACACUUAGUGAUAAUCUAUACGAUUUUAUUAUUGUUGACUGCAACAACAACUCUCUGCGUACGCUCAAUGAGUUCUAUUGUAAUGCCAAGGACUCAAAUUUUGUGCCGUACAUUGUUGACAUGCAUUGCGACCUGGAGACCUGCCUCAGCCGCAACAUCCACGAUCGGAGCGAGCGUGACAUACGGGCUGUCCUGGACAACUGGUGUACCACGCCCUUCCACUACAUAAAGCUGGAUGUGGGCUCACUGCUAGAGAAUGUGAUCGAAAUGGAAGAUGUUGAAAAUAUGGCUACGGACGACAAUGCCAUUAACGAAGAUGAUCCCGAAAAUUCCAGUCAAGACGCUGUUGACGCCACAGAUGCCGCUGAAGAAGACAACAGCAAUAGUGCCGAUGCGUCGAACGUCUGCGGCUUCUUAAAAAGCAAAUGGGAAAGCGACACAACUGAGGAGAAUCUUGCUCGCCUGGACGGCACGAACCGACUUAAGCGCAAAACGGCCAGCAUGGCCGAUUAUUUGCAGCUAGAUGAUUGGGAGCCGCCGAUACGCACUGCCGAUGGAAAGAAACGCGUGCGCUGGGCAGACAUUGAGGAGCGUCGGGCUCAGCAGAAGAUGCGCGCCAUUGGCUUUGUGGUCGGACAGACUGACUGGAAGCGUAUGAUGGAUCCGAAUGCGGGCAAUCGUGCGCUGAAUCGAACCAAGUAUAUCGAGCGUGUGAACAAGCGACGCUGAGAA